GCCUGCAACUUGCUUGUAGAAGCGAUGUAAAUCUGAAAUCGUAGAAUUCACCGUAACUCUUUGUUCAAUCGCCGCCACCGUCAACUCUCAGUUUAAUCGCCGCCACCGUCAACUCUCUGUUUAAUCGCCGCCACCGUCAACUCUCUGUUCAAUCGCCGCCACACAACUCGACUCUUUCUUUCUAAGGUAUCUAUGGAUAAGGAAAAUGGUUCUUCUCAGAAAGCUGAAGACUUCAAAUUGAAGAAAAAGAGGAAACGAGAGCGAGAGAAAAAUAUGCAUAGAAAGAAACGCAGAAAAUUGGAAGCAGCUAGAGAGAUGUUGGAGGAUGAGGAGCAGAAUAAAUCAUUCAAAAGCAAGUCAAGAUAUCUUAACAUGAAAAUCCAAGGUAGGGGAGCUAGACGGAGUCAAGAGAGUGACCACAGUCAACUCCAGCCUUCACCUUUGCGAGCAAGUGCCUUAGGGAGACGGAGAAAGUUGAAUGUUGUUCACCAUAAAGAACAAGAGAUUAUUCACAUAUGCUAGAUGUAUGGGACAUGCCGGCUGGAAACUUUAUACUAGUUGAUGUAGAUCAUUUGGGAAAUCCUAUCGGUUGGGAAGGAAAAACUCUAUUGAAUGCAAUUGGAAGUUUGGUAAGGAGACACCAAUGUGCUCCAAUCAAUUAUGUGUGCUGGAGUGAUAUGCCUGAGAAAAAUAUUACUGAUAUGCUUGAACUAAUUCAGACUAAAUUUUGUUUUGUUCCCGAAUUCACUGAGAGAACAGAGAAAAUACUAAAGGAUAAUAUGAGUAUUAAGUGGAGGCAAUUCAAGUAUCAUUUGAAGUCAAAGGGAUAUGACGCUAGUAAGAAAGAAGAAGAAAUGGCAAGCUAUAUUCCUAAUAGAAGGGUUGAUCCUUCUCAGUAUCGUGAUUUAGUACAUUAUUGGUGUUCUGAGGACGGACAGAAAAUCAGUGGCAUGAACAAAAUGAACCGCAAAAAAUAUGGGGACAUUCAUUGCAUGGGAACCAAGAAUCUUCCAAGCCUAAUUCAUGAAAUGACAACAAAAGCUGGAGGAGUGCAACCUUCACGGGCACAAAUUUACAUUGAUACUCGAACUAGAAAAGAUGGAAGUAUUGUGACUGAAAGUGCAGCAUAUGUGAUUGAAGAGUUAAAGAAGCUAAUGGUAGAGGAGGAAGGCAGCUCACAUGAUUCUCAAGCCACCAAAGAUUCUACAAGCUGGAAGAAUGAUGCUUAUUCAAAGGUUAAAGGACCUGAAAAGAGAGGAAGAGUGCGUUGUCUUGGCAAGCUUCCCCGACAUGCUAGUUCUAGCUCCAAUGCAGAUAAUAGAGUUGCAACAUUAGAGAAUUUGCUUGGAAAUCUAGUUUCUGUUCUUCAAAUGCGGUUUUCUGAAGAUCCACAAGUUAACGAGGUCUUACGAGCUAUAGCUGAAGAGGUUUGAUUUUGUGUCACCUAUUGACCACAAUUUAGAUUCAAAUAUAUGAAAGUGAAGAUACAAUACCAUUCAAAAU